UUCAUAGAGAGUGGCCCAAGAUUAAACAUGGCUGGGCGAAUUCUUCCAUUUUGGGUAGCAGUUUGGCUCGUUAUUUCAAGUAUUGUGGUCACGAUCGACGCUUUGUUUGUACUUUUACGACCCCAUACACUACCAGAUGGAAAAUGGAACUUCCUUUUUGAACCAUACAACAUUUUCAUCGAAGUUGAUCCUAGGUACAAAGAUCUGAAAGACACAUUUGUCAUUGGGCAAAGCUUCAUGAAUUUGUUGGAGAUGUGUCUCAACAUCGUCAUUUUGACAAUGCAAAACAGCAGCAAAGAUGGAUUGGCAGUGCUGCUUGCCUUCAUGGUGAGCACAAUGACAUUAUCCAAGACAGUGUUUUAUUUCCUUGUCUCCAGCAAGUUGUGUAGCGGCCAUCACUUUCUGAGCCACAAUGAUUGGAAGACAUUAGUUUUUUUAUUUAUUGUUCCAAAUGGUAUCUGGAUAGUUCUUCCCUUACUCUGUAUGGUGGCCACAGGACAAAUAAUGAUUGAUCACAUGAGAAAUGGACAACCAUCAGAAGAAGAACAUCUGAAAUCUCAGUAAAUUUCUGCUGAACCAUAGCCCCAUACAUAUUAUUUUUCAUCUUGAAAAAUAACAGCUGAGAUUGAAUAGUAGUUUAGCCUGCAAUGCAAGUGGUUGAUUGUCAAUCAGAGGUAGAUUGCACCAUGCCACAGGCUACAAAUAGUCAUGAUUGUAAAAAAAAUUUCGAAAUGACAUUUUCACAAAAUAAACUA